GCGUUCGUUGGCAGCGAAAAAGUAGUGUGGUCUUUUAAAUAAGAGGAAAAAGGUAAGAGGCAAAGUUUUAAAAUCCGAAAAAAAAAUAAAUCAUACCCCAUAAUUUCUCUCUCUUUCUCUUCUCCAUUUCUACCAUUAUCAGACAUAAAUCUCUUCGAUUAAGGAGACAGGAACCGCCUGGUUCGAUUUUGUCAGACAAGAUCGGCCAAAUUAGAAUUUCAGGAGAUUAGAGAAGAUGGAGUCUCAUGACGAGACAGGGUGCCAAGCUCCAGAAGGCCCCAUCUUGUGUGUCAACAACUGUGGCUUUUUUGGAAGUGCAGCGACUAUGAAUAUGUGCUCCAAGUGUCAUAAGGCAAUGAUCCUGAAGCAGGAACAGGUGCAACUUGCAGCAUCAUCCAUUGGAAGCAUUGUGAAUGGCAGCUCUAGUGGGAAUGGGAAGGAACCAACUCUAGCUGCUGCUUUGGAUGUACAAUCUGGAAUUUUUGAGUCGAAGAAUGUCUCAGCAGAACCAUCUAUUGAUCCAUCCAGAAUGACUUUUGGAGGGAUGAAGAUUAAAGAGGGUCCCAAUAGGUGUACCACAUGCCGUAAGCGUGUUGGUUUGACAGGAUUCAAUUGCAGGUGUGGAAACCUCUUCUGUGCAGCCCAUCGUUACUCCGAUAAACAUGACUGUCCUUUUGAUUACCGGACUGCUGCUCGUGAUGCUAUUGCUAAAGCCAACCCUGUAGUCAGGGCUGAGAAGCUUGAUAAAAUCUGAGAGUCCAGGAUGAAAGUGAAGAUUGUGUAAUGAAAUAUGGUGCUUCUCCCUCUACCCCUGUCCUCAGGUCAUCAUAGUGAAGGUGUAUGUAAGUUGGCUCUGCUCGUCUGCUUAGGGUGUCCCCUUGAUUGAUCUAAUGGUCAAGUCCAUGAUAGGGAGGACAUCAUUGCAGUGUAAGGAACUCUAUAUUCCUUGUCGAUUGGUUGGCAUUACGUUCGCCCCUGUUUGUAAGUCUUUAUUUGUGCUGGUUUGAUGGACAUCAAUAUGAUCACCUUGUAAUGCUUCUUUGUGCUUGGUAUGCAUGUCUUGCUAGUAGCACGGAUAAAUGGAGUAUUUGUGCUACUUAAGAUGCCUAUAA